GACUCCUCCGUACAGUGAUGGUAUCCCGACAUAUUUUAUCCCAGUGAAAAAUAAUAAUAAUAAAAUCACAAAUUGUUGUUCUGUAUACGUUGAAUAAACGCAAGGUGUAAUCAUGGAUAAAACGAUAUUUGUUGUUCUGGCAGUAUUGGCUGCAGCAUGUGCAGCUCCUCAGGGAAAUCCAAACCAAGACAUAACGAUUGUCAAGGCUGAGGAGAAUAACAGUAUUGGAGUUGGUGGUUAUCACUUCAGUUAUGAGCAGAGUGAUGGCCAAAAGAGGGAGGAAACCGCGGAAUUGAAGAAUGAGGGAACUGAAAAUGAGGCCAUGUCUGUUACCGGAAGUUUUGAAUACAGAGGACCCGAUGGCAAGACCUACAGAGUCGAUUAUACUGCAGAUGAAAAUGGAUUCCAUCCAACCAUCACACUGAUUUAAAUCAAGUCCUGAUUAACGCGAUCGUGGGGCAAUCGUUGGACAAUGCCAUUCGUCCCUUCAGGAUAAAUCUCUCCAUUUAUUUUGUAUCUGUUUUUUUUUUCAAUGGAUAAUUGAUACACA